AAACUCGGGGGGAGGACGGAGGCAGAAAAUUCUAGAAAUCGUCACCCGCUUCAAACGGAAAUGUUCGUAAACGGCUAGAGUGGAGGUUACAGCGAUAAAUCUGCCCCUGUCUUGUUUUCUUUUUAAUUUUUUUCUGGGAGCGGAUGUCAUUUAUGCCGUAGUGCCCACCAGCAUCGUGUUGUCGGUCCGAAGAUCCAAUCUCUCCUAUGUUAGGACGGUGGCGCACAGUUGGUGGGGGAUUAGCAGUGGUCCAUAAGCAACUGAUGAAAAUGGUCAUUUUUGAGAAAUGGGCGAGUGGCGGACCGCACAUUGAGCCACAGUACAGACAAUACCCGCAGCUGACGAAGAAGCAGAAGUUUGAGUCGGAGCUUAUCAGUGGUGUCAUGUGGUUCUGGAUCCUUUGGCACUGCUGGCAUGACCCUGAUGCGGUUCUGGGUCACUUCCCUUGGCCGGAUACUUCUGAAUGGACAGAUGAGGAGCUCGGUAUCCCUCCAGAUGACGAGGAAUAAGGUCACCACAAGGGAUGUGGUUUGCUGGGCGAGUCUUUGGGCUGUUCUGAAAGUCAUUGUUGUACAUAGACUUAAUAAAGUUAUCUUUAAAUUAAAACAGGAAGACCAGCACGUCAUUUCAUUACUUUUAUUUAUUUACACGCAAUUUCUGAAAUGCAUUAACAGUGUCACAGUUAGCCAGUGUUUGUAUAUUUCAAAUCAUAAGCCAUUUAAAUCUGGAAAAAACCAUUGCAAGAACCAACACAUAUUUAAUAAAAAAAAAACAAAAAACAAUUGCUGAGAGCUGCAUUUCAAGCAGAAGGAGAGGGACAAAUACUACAGCUUAUUACAAACCCUGCCUGCGGGCCAGUUCGUGUUUUUAUUCUGUGAGUUAACAUGCAAAGACUUCAAAGAUUAAAGUGUAGUGUAAAAGGAAAAAGGAGGGGUACAAAGGAAACACUCAGUUUUUUAUGUUAAUUCUGUGUUUUGGAUCUCAUCACUCACCUGAGGAAGGCUCACACUGUUCAGAGGGCGCUCUUAAAGCUACGUGGGUGCAGAGUCAUCUUAAACGAGGGUGUUUUUCUACUUAAACAAUGAGCUGAACAUGUGUUCGGAGGCAGCGAGUGGGAGUAACACCAAAUGGGUUAAAGUAGCCUAAAGAUACAAUGACUGUUAAAUCUGACCUGUUCCUUUUUUUUGAGCUAUAAAAACUGAAAAACACUGAAAUAAGAAGUCAUGAGUGUCUGCAUCCAUGAUGUGUGGCUGGUGGUUAAUCGAAGGUUAUGUCCAUGGCAUCAUUCCCUGAGAGUGAAGAACUGCACACACGCCUCACAUUAAAGAAAGAAAAAAAACCUCAAUCAUCCACACGUCAGUUCCUCAAUCGCUGACCUUUUAAUACAUCAUCUACUUUGGAUCGACCACAGUGGCUCAGAAUACCUGUUGUUUUGUUUUUUUUGCUAAAUGGCGUGGCACUAAGUAGAGAAAGCUCAGGAGUAGAUAUGGAAGUUUCUUAACCUAGACUAUCCGCACAUAGCCCAUAAACAAAAAAACCUCACGCUACAGGAACAAAGAGGACGAGGAUCGACACAGGCUCUACUCAGCUGGGAAGGGAAAAGAUGGGUA